CAACAAUCCUAACAUUAUGACGUCUGACGUAAGUCAGGAAUAUAUUGUGGAAUAGGGGUUAUAAUGAACAGAUGAACAGAAUAAUUAAUUAAUAAUUCUUAUUUGUUGUGUUUGGAUUAUCCUUCUGUAAGGAUCACACGUCUGCAAAGAUGCAUAAAAUACUAGAGUUUCAAGCUGUUGUGCUGGCCGCGGGCAGAGGCUCCAGGUUGCCUGAUGUUGGUGGUUCGGUUUCUAAGUGUCUGUUACCUGUGGGACCGUACCCAGUCGUGUGGUACUCAUUGAACUUAUUGGAGAAAUUAGGAUUUCAAGAAACAUUGGUUGUUGUACUUGACGAAGACAAAUCAAACAUCUUGAAUGCUUUGGAGAAAUGUCCUCUAAAAAUUAAGUAUGAAUUAAUAGUAAUCCCAUCCGAUGAGGAUUGGGGCACAGCUAACUCCUUGAAGCACAUCAGUAGCAGAGUAACCACAGACCUGUUGGUGAUAUCUGGAGAUCUUAUAACUAAUAUCAAUUUAAAUGAAGUUUUGAAUGUUCAUAGAAAAUAUGAUGCAGCUCUUACAACAUUAUUCUUUAACAAUGGGCCCGAAGAAUGGAUUGAGCUACCUGGACCUAAAACUAAGUCUAAACCUGACAGAGAUCUUGUCUGCAUUGACAAGGAAACACAGCGACUUGUGUUUCUAGCUAGUGCUAGUGAUUUUGAGGAGAAUAUUACAAUACCCAGAAUGUUAUUAAAGAAAUUUGAUUCAAUUAGCAUGUACAGCCGCUUGUUAGAUGCACAUGUGUAUGUUAUGAAGCACUGGGUGAUGAAUUACCUUGUAGAGUCUGACAGGUUCACAUCAAUCAAAGGAGAACUUAUUCCACACAUUGUGAAGAAGCAACUAUCUAAGCCUAAAAACACUUUAGAAAAGAAAGGAACUUCAGAGAAAAAUGUUGAAAUUACUAAAGAUAUAUUUGAUUAUGCAGUUGAGAAUGGAUAUGAGAGUAAGAUUAGGGAGAUGACAGCUUAUAAUGACCAUAAACUAGGCAGUAAAGGUGUCUUCUACAAUGACUUGCUACGGUGCUACGCUCAUGUACCUGACAAGAACACAUUUGGUAUAAGAGUAAAUACAUUGUCGUCAUUUUAUCUAUCUAAUAACAAGAUAUUGUCAAAGUGGGAAGAGCUGACUGGUACUCCUUUAACAGAAAGAUUUCACCCAGAUAGUGAUGUGAAAACAAAACAAAUAGAUGAAACAAGCACAGUGGGUGAAAAAAGUCUUGUCAGUGAAAAGACAUCUAUCAAAAACACAUUCAUCGGUGCCAACUGUACUAUUGAAAACAAAGUUAGAUUGACCAACUGUAUAUUGAUGAACAAUGUCACUAUCAAGGAAGGUUGUGUUCUACAAGACUGCGUGGUAUACACUGGCGCGACGGUAGAAACUGGUUGCAACCUUCAGUUCUGUCUGGUGGGCCCACACCACGUCGUCGCAGCCUCGACUUCUAGCAACCAUCAGCUGCACGCCGAGACCACCGACAACAUGAUCACACUGGGCUAAUAAUUUAAUUAAUUUACAGAGUAAUAAAGAUUUUAUUAUAUUAUA